AUGGCUCUGGUUCCCUACACUAAGCAGCAGCUGGAUGACUGCAUCCUCAUGCCUCACGAGCCUUCCACUUCCGAGUUCCACGUGUUCAACAAACUACCUUAUGACCUCCGUCAUAAAAUCUGGGAGUCUUCACUUUUGAACUAUCGACACAUCAAGGUCCUCCUUGCCGAUGACAACAACUGGGAGUUCUCAAUCUGGAACUGCCGGCACAGCAAGGUCUUCCUUGUCGAUGACGAUGACGAAAAGCAAUACGAGAUCUUCGUCAAGAAGAGUGCGGCGUACCACGCGCUUCUAAACACAACAUCGGAGUCGCGCAACGUCGCCAAGACGUUUUACCGUGUUCAAAUUCCUUGCCGUCGAAUGGGCCCCGAUGGCAGCGUCGAUGGAACCCUAUUUCUUUGCCCCGAAUUAGACACCAUUCAGGUAGAGACUCAGUGCUGCUCCCUCCAGCACUUCGAGAAGUUCUCGGACACUAUUUUUACCGCAGACAAGCAUAAUAUCGGCCUGGUCAACUUGGCCCUCGACUGCGAAUUCCGCCACAUCGAUGGAGUAUUUUCCCUGGAUGAGAACGAGCACACUCUUUUCACGGACGCCAUCCGAAGAAUCGGGGUUCUUACAUUUGUUGGGCGCGUGGCCAAGCCUGAGCUUUUAAUGUACGGAAGUGACCUGCGGGUCAUCAACUCCUCGCUUCGCUUUGUCGACAAACGUAUCGACACCGAGAGCUAUGAUCGAGGUGCUUUUAACUAUGAAUCCGGUUUAUACGAAAACGAACUGAAGGCCGUUCACAUCGGCAAGGAGGACCCACGUCGAGGGUAUUACUCGUUCUGCCUUCUCAUGGAGGAGCUGAAGAUCCCGGAAGAUGUGUACAAGUCCAAUUUGACUAAUGAGCUUUUCAUGCUCACCUACAACUAUGAGCCGGAGUUUAUUCCCACCAACGGCGAUCCGCGUGAAUAUAGGCUCGCCUACAACAAUUCACAGCGGGAGUACCGAGAGUACAACCAGGGACCGCCCCCUGCAAUUGGAUUUUGGCUUUUCCCGCUGAGUGUCAUUGGACCCUUCUUCCUUGGCAACCUCAAUCCAUUGACUGGUCUCCCGUCGGACCGCAGUGAGGCCAAAAUGGUGAAAGAGCGAGUCGUCGAUGUUCCAUCGAUGACGAUCCCCUCAUCACAGUCCCGUCUUAAUGUAAGCAAUGCAAAUGAACCAAGAGACGCCCAUGAAACUAGGACUAUUAUUCGAUGCAGAUGGAACAAGAUGAAUGGAAUCGCCGGCUCGAGCGCUAGGAAAGAAAUCGCCUUUCAUUUCUUACCUGCGAUAACAGCAGAGCCCAACAGCCGCCGUGAGGUUGAGCUCCGACAAUCAAGUGCCAGGUCACAUCUCGCCAAAUCCAUGCAUCGUCGUAAAAGAGCCAGCAAGGAACUACCAUCAGAGCAAGAAUCCACCGAAUUACGCAGGACCAAUAAGGGUAUGACGACGGCGGAGAGGAGCACCAUAAGAAAUGACAGACAGCUUCUGCUUACCUCUGGACAACUCAGUAUGUGCGCUAUCCCCGACAGGAUGGUGGACCCGCACACCAAGAUGCUGCUUCACUACUGCACGCAAUCUUUUUGGCCAGGAUUCGAGAUCGGGUCAGCCGCAUUUCAUAUUCCACCGUUCGCGCUCGACUACAAUACGCUUGUUGCUCAAGGUCCAGCAUUGGUACAUGCUUGUCUGUGGCAAGCUGCAGUGAACCUUGCAUUCAAGAGAAACUCGCGGGUUACCGAUAAGCAAAGUUUACUACACUACAAUCAAGCCAUUGCGCAUAUCUCGAAAGACAUCACGAAACCUGUCUCAGAAAUACCUGAGCAGACUCUUUAUGCCAUCCUUAGUCUCUGUGGUCCCGAGAUGUCGCCAGAUGAUGGAAACGGCAUCAUCAAAAAGGCUUUUGAUCCGCCGUUAGCGGAGCUAUCUUGGAUCCACGUCUUUGGCAGCAGACUUCUCAUUGAUUCGCACGCCAAGGCCUUGAUGAAUCUGGUGGAUCUGAAAGGGGGCAUUCACAAUGUCAAGUACGCUGGCUUCCAAGCUUCCUUUAACUACAUGGAUCUUGUACGCGCCACCCAAAAGCUUGUCAAACCUCACCUUCCGGUGUCUCAGCUUUACGGUCGUGUCAAGGAGACCCAUGAUAGGGCCAAGUUCUUCGGUUACGCUUCUGACUUUGUCGAGCAUUCUCCAUUUGAGGAAUCGUCAGUUAUAAUUGACAGUCUUAGUGUGCUCGGUUUAGCAGAAGAUGUGCGAGAAGUAAUCUGUGACAUGCGAGUAUGGGUCAAGGUCAUAGAGGCACACCAUCACAGCGCGUUGACAAACCCUGAUCUUUCGCUUCUAGCUGCUCAUAGAGAUCUGAUCCAACAGCGCCUUCUCGCAACUCUCCCGGACGGGUAUGAUGGCAAGAAGCCCAUGCAAAUGGACGCGUCCGGGUCAACAGAAACCACCGCAGACCAGUGGAUCAACGAAAUCAUUCAGACAGCUCUGCUGAUAUUCUCAUUGGGCGUUACGUGCCCUAUCUCCUACGCGCCUCCUUACCAUCAUGCUGCACAGAGGUUACAGGCACAGCUCAUCCUGUAUAAGGAGCGAGCGACUCAUCUAAGAUUAUAUGACCUGCUGACAUGGCUUGGCAUCUUGGGACUCCUCUGUACCGAACAGGUUGGGUCCGGGCUCAGAGAGUGGUUUGUUGGAUUCCUCAGUAUGGUGGAGCGGAAGCGCGGAGUCACUGGAGACGCGAGGGAUUGGGAUCUGGUAAAGAAAGAAUCACUUGAGCUCAUUCUGUGGUCUUCUGUCGCCUGCGAUACUGCAGCAGACACGGCGUGGCGCGAUGUCCAAGAAGUCGCGGAUGAGACAUCAUGGAAUUGGGGCAGGACAGCAUGGUCAACAAUGCUGGGGACUAUAUGUGGAUAAAUCAAGAAGACUAUUAGCAGCUUCUCCACCAAGAGCAUUUGGGGAUUCUCACUCAAGGGGUUCGGCCAAAGACGAAAGCAAACCCAAGCAUGGUCUUAGCCCGACCCUGGCAGUUUCGGAGUCACCCCACGAAGCCUGUGUUUUCUUCCAGAGAUUGCUUACUCAAGGCGGGUCGAGCCGUUACCUCCAGGUCGUCAAUCCAUUGACAUAAGAGCGACGGUCGGGUUUUAGUUAACAUUUGCGACGAGGGCCGCCAGCAAAUGGUUGAGAUCUCGUAUCUCCGGUAUCUCUG